AUGAAUAAGGACGGUACCAUGGCUGAGAAAGGGGGUACACAAGCACCCAUACCAACCCAUGCAGUAGAUCCUCAGCACUCACCUCUGGAUCUGUCG